GUGAAACUUUAUCUAUUGUUGCCAAAAUCUGCAACUCCUCUUCCAAAAAAGUGACACCCAAAUACAGCAUGAUGCAGAAAACAGUGUAUCGUGCCAGUGGCUCCACUAAUAAGUCUGAAAAGAGCAUAUGCAAAAUAGUUGGGAACACUAUCUCAUCAAACUCAGAAGACAGCGUCUCUUGCCAGCUGAAGAUCCCUGUUGAUGUCUCCUAUAGUGUUUGGAACUGUGAAAUCAUUUCAGUUGAAUAUUACCUCAAGGUGUAUUUGGACAUCAGUUUUGCCAUUGACCCAAUGUUGAUGUUUCCACUGGUUGUCAUUCCUUGUGACUCUGCUGCCUUUCAGCCUGUGGGGUCUUACCCAGGUGGGGCUGCUGGGGGCCCAAGUUACAGCGACUUCCCUCCCCCUGCCUUCCCUGGUGGCGCAUAUCCUGUACCUGUAGAUAGUUAUGGGUACCCAGCACCACAUCCCAGUCAACAUGCAACCAUAGGAAGUUGCUACGAUAAUGAAUUGCCCCAGUACACUGUCGCAUAUGGUUUUUCAAAUGCAUCAUCUUCAGGGCAGCAUCAACCCCCUACUGGUCCACCUCAGUUUCAAGAGGGUGACCAACCUCCAUCGUACACAUCCCUUUUCCCACCUUCUCAUGAGAGCAAAUGAGUUGUCUGUGUCCCUGAUUCAUUUCAUUGUGCAGGGGACAUUUUUAGAUUAUGUUUAGUAAAAACAUAAUUUUACAUGAUUCCUUGUUUUUAGUGUGGAUUUUAUUUAUGACAAUGCACAACAAAUUAUUUUAUACCCAUUAAUUUAUUGUCUUGUAUAUACAAACCUAAAGUUGAGUAGGAAACCAACAGAUAUGGUUUUGAUUGCUAAACCAAGCCUCAAAUGUUUUACAGAGAACAAGUGUAAUAUUCAGAUGUUAUAUUAGUUACUCUCAUACCUUGAUUUUCCUUUCUUAUAUAUGUUUUAACUGUAUUGAUAAUGAUCAAGAACUGCUGAGUAGGAGCUGUCUGCUAGAAGUUUGUGGAGAAAUAAGGUCUGCAUCCUUAAUUAACCAGACAGCCUGUGUUGCAUCUUCACAUAGGCCCUCUUAGCAUUUCACUAGUUCUGCUGUUAUGUAACAGAUUUCAGAGAUGGGGGGCCUACAACUGAAGAUGAUCAUUUGGCCUAUUUAGCAUUUUUGCAAGGCCUGCUUUGUCCUGUAAUAGCCUAGACAGACAGCGUCUGCAGCCAUAGACAACCAACUGUCCAGUAUUCAUUGUUAGCUACCGCCUGACACCACAACAUUCACACACCUGGCUUCUAGCACAUUUCAGUAAACUGGUAGGGGCAGAGGUUGGCCUGCUCACACCAAGGGCCAAUAGAAUUAAGAUGCGUGUAAAGUCCAACCUCUGUACAGGGCGGUUUCCACCCAAGAAGAUAAAUGUGACCACAGAUGAUAGUUCGGGGCUCUUUGAUAACGGUGUUCCUGUGGAAGUUCUGUUUCUCUGAACCCAGUGCUGUAUGGCUUUACUUGUGACCAGACUGAUUAAAUUUUCUGUUGAUUUUA